GCGGCUUCGGGAACUCAGCGGCCGCGAUGGCUCAGGUGUCCUGCUCGCGCAGCCCGGAGGCAGAUGCCUUGGGCUCCACGAGAAAGCGUCGCAGUUCGUCGAAGAGUCCAAAGCCCAGCAAAGCCGCCCGCUCCCCGCGGAGCCGCCGCUCGCGCUCGCGCUCUUGCCCUCGGUCCGGGGACCGGAAUGGCUUCGGGCAUCAGCUGGGGGGCCUCAGCCAAGGCUCCCGAAACUAUUCCUACCGCUCCCGCUCGCGGUCUUGUUCUCGAGAGCGCCCUUCUGGUCCCCGGGGCACCCCCUUCUCUUCAGCUUCCUCGUCCGCUUAUUAUGGCGGCUACUCGCGUCCCUACGGGGGCGAUAAGCCGUGGCCUAGCCUCCUGGACAAGGAGAGGGAGGAGAGCCUGCGGCAGAAGAGAUUAAGUGAAAGGGAGAGGACUGGAGAAUUGGGAGCGCCUGAAGUAUGGGGACUUUCUCCAAAGAAUCCUGAACCAGACUCUGAUGAACAUACACCAGUGGAGGAUGAAGAGCCAAAGAAAAGCACUACAUCAGCUUCUACUUCAGAAGAAGAAAGAAAGAAGAAGAAGUCUAGUCAUUCAAAAGAAAGGUCCAAGAAAAGAAGAAAGAAAAAAUCAUCCAAAAGAAAACACAGGAAGUAUUCUGAUGAUAGUGACAGUGACUCUGAUUCUGAAACAGACUCUAGUGACGAAGACACGAAAAGGAGAGCAAAGAAAGCCAAGAAAAAGGAAAAGAAGAAGAAACACAGAUCGAAGAAAUACAAGAAAAAGAAAUCUAAGAAGAAUAGAAAAGAAACCAGUGAUUCAAGCUCUAAAGAUUCCCAAGAAGAGUUUCUGGAGAAUCCCUGGAAGGAUCGAUCGAAACCUGAAGAACCCUCAGAUUUAAUUGGACCAGAGGCUCCAAAAACACUUGCCUCUCAAGAUGAUAAACCUUUGAACUAUGGCCAUGCUCUCUUACCCGGUGAAGGUGCAGCUAUGGCUGAAUAUGUAAAAGCUGGAAAACGUAUCCCACGAAGAGGUGAAAUUGGCUUGACAAGUGAAGAAAUUGCAUCAUUUGAAUGCUCAGGUUACGUAAUGAGUGGUAGCAGGCAUCGCCGAAUGGAGGCUGUGCGACUGCGAAAAGAGAACCAGAUAUAUAGUGCUGAUGAGAAGAGAGCCCUUGCAUCCUUUAACCAAGAAGAGAGACGUAAGAGAGAGAACAAGAUUCUGGCCAGUUUUCGAGAGAUGGUAUACAGAAAGACCAAAGCAAAGGAUGACAAAUAAGGAUUUUCUGGUUGUUCAGACAUUUUUAACAACUAAAAAGAAAGUUUGGGUUCCACGCACACAUACAAAAUGAUUAUUAUGAUCUAAAAAAGCUUUAUAGUGCUACUGUGCCUUCCAUUUAAUUCUUUCUGUCCUUCAAUAAAAAGCUGCUCAUUGAUACAACUUUAACAAGUUCUUUAGGUGUUUUGGGAUUGACCAUAAUAACUUUCUGGUUUAAAAAUCCAAAUUAUGAAUGACAUCCUCCUGAAUUGGGAGAGGUGUCAUGGAGAGAAAGUGUCAAUGAGAUGAGAAACUUAAAUCUCACACCAUGAGACAGUGCUAUGAUUAGCGCUACAUGAUGCCCCCCCCCACCCACCGACACACAGUGGAACUUGUGGGAAAUAGGUAUUCCUCUGUUUUGCAUGUAUUAUAAAUGGACUUGAUAGAAACAUACAGGAAGCCACUUUUGCCAACCAAAUGAAAGCAUUACUAGAAAAGGCAAAUCUGGAAUUUGAAAAUUGACUUGUAUAGUACAGUAUAUAGUCUGCCCUAAAUAUGAUGUUUUUGGGGUUUAGUCCCUACCUCCACCCCAAAACCAAAAAUAAACCAAAAAGUGAAGUUGAAUUGAAUUGAAAAUGUGAACAUUUGUUUUUUAGAAUUCUUAAUAAGUCACUUAAAAAUAGUUCUUUCAAAUAUAAAAUCUUUGGAAGGCUACUGUUGUGCCGAUAUAAGUAGGUACUUUGAUGAUAGUACAACAUCUAAAAAGAAUGGGAGUCAACUAUGGUCAGGAGUUUGAUAGGGGAAAAUAUAAUGAAGCAGUAUUUUUACUCAGUUUCAUAAGGAUGAAGCUAAUGUGAUAUUAAACAUUUUUAAGUCCACCCUUUAUGUAAUAAGCAGAUUUCAUUUUAAAAAUUGUUAAGCCUUUCAGUUUAUUCUUUUACAUCUGUCAUUUAGUUUCAUCUUUAACAUUAUGUAGAAUCCCCUCACUUUAUCGGUUUUAUAUGGCUAUUAUUGACUUUUAAGUUUGGGAGAAGUGGAAGAUUGUGGGACUAUGAGAUCACAGUCUUUUUCCUUCCCUUAUUUUGUUCAAUUUUAGUUAGGUCAUGGAGUGAAGGGGGAGAGGCAAAUGGAAGUUUGGGCUAUUUUUGUUAAGGCUGUUUUGUGCAGCAUUAUUAUAUGCCUAGGAUAAACUUAAAUUACGUGGGUAGUGGGGAAGUUCUGACUAUGCCUCUCUCCUUGUAAUAGCUUAAAGUGUUUUCUUUUUCCAAAUUUUUUAAAUAAGGCAUUCAUGUUUCAAAGUACAGUUCAAAAGUUUUACUGUUUAACCUAUAUUCUAAGAAAUGUCUACCUUUAACCCACAUUUAG